GCCAUUUUGAAUAAUUAAGAGCUCCUAACUCAGCGCGUAAGCUGCCGCUGGCCCGCAGAGAUUGUGUGCAGGCCACACGCAUUGCGCCCAUCAAGUGCCACGUGAAGAGCGCUGUCAAAAACCGCUCAGCGCGCCAAAUUAGCUGUGCCGCCAAAUCAGCUGUAGCAAACGCAGCGCGCAUCUAUAAAGACAGCGCACGCCGCCGACGCUAGGCGCCGCACAAAAAAUGGCGGAACGCAAGCUCUCCGGCGUGCGCGUGUCGCUCCCGCGGUUGACGAGAGUACGAGCGGUCAGCCACGACCAGUACGGAGGCGCCACUUUAACCUACGACGACGAGCGCCGCGACUACGAGCUCUGCAAGCUCGAGAGCGUGCCCGGCGUGCGCGAGGACGACCCGCUGAAUGGCGCGAAGGUCGCGUUGCCACCUCAAAACUACACCUGGGACGCCGAGCGGCUGCUCUGGGUCCAUUCGAGAAGCAAGCAGCCCUACGCCGAGAUGGCUCGUAGAUCAUUACCUAGAUCGGAUGAAGACGUUGAAAGGGACCCUCCCUCGGAAGCGAUUGGAUCGAGGUGCAUGGCGUGGUCUUGGUCAGACGAGACACCCUCGUUGCGAAGGGCCACGGUCACGUCGCAUUCUUGCGAAGGCGAUGAUUUGGGUUUAUUGGGAAAGUGGACCCUGACGCUAUCAUCUGCGGGCACGAAUCGAAGACCAACUACGAUAGAGGUAAGAGCGCCGGAGCUCCGAGCCGCGUUGGACCUGAGACACCAUGUCGAUUGUCGAGGAGAGCCACCAGCACUCUCUCCAGAACUACGCCGACAAGGCUGGUCCGCAAAACAAAGUAGAUCAACCGGCGACUGGUAUUAUGUUCAUACCUCACCGAAUGGAGGCGCGACGAGCCAGUGGGAGCGGCCCGGCUGCGACUGGCCCAACGCUCCUUCUUGCGCGUGUUUGGGGCACCGGACGUCGACGCGCAUCGAUUCCCACCUAGAUAGAAUGGAACGCAAGGCGACGUUGGCUGCUUCCUGUCGCUCGAAGUACGCGGACUAUGAACGGGCCCAAGAAGACAGGGCGACGGAAGCAUCUUCUCGCGGUGAGGCACCUGAUAGCGCUUUACAAACGUAUGCCGCGUGGUGCCGCGCGCGAUGCGAGGCGUACUACGAAUCGCCGCCCCACUUGCAGCAUCUGUCGGAUGACGCGCCCGAACGGCGAGCCGACCUCGAGGCCCACGUGGACACGAUGUACGGCUUGAUGCGCGAGUACGACCACGUCGCGAGUGACUCCGAGUUUAGUGAUGAGAGUGAAAGUGAGGAUGAAAACGAGGACUUCAGCGAAUUGGGUUUCAGUGAUGUGAGGGUCCAGCGGUCGUCGAAACGAAGGAGGACGGAGCGGGUCCUGCGGAGUGGAUUGGAGCAGUUCAUCGACUCGCCGGGAGUGGCUUCCCGCAUCUUGCACGGCGACGGCUUCAACCGGACGCGGUCGGGCGCGGUCUUCGGGGGGAAGCGCGACGAGAACUCGGACCUGCGCAAGCACCUCGACUUCGACUGAGGAGCUUCCGGCCUAAGGUCCGUCUAG